AUGUUAUUCUUCUUAAACUUUCGAUAUUUAUUUUUAAAUAUUUUACUUGUACAGCUCAACAUCAAUAAUGUUAUGUCCAUUUGGCCAUCAUCAAAUUCAUCUGAUAUCUACUUACUCGGCCUUUUUGGUUAUAGACCAAAUACACCUGAUAAUAGCGACGUAGUUAUUCAUUCUCGGGCGAUGUUUAAGGCGGCAAUACUACUUUCUAAUCAAUAUAAUAUAACAAUAGAUGGAAAAUUGAUCGGAUGGAAAGAAGGACUAACUAUGGGCGAUGUAAUUCUUGCAUUAAAUAAGGCAUGCCUUUCAGUAUCUGAAUCAAACAUAGUUAGUGUUGUUGGUCCACAAUUUUCAAGAGAAACUCUUUUAAUUAGUCCAUUUUGUGAAACGCUUAAUUUACCCGUUAUAUCGUAUUCAGCAACUAAUCCUGAUUUAUCUGAUGCAACAACUUACCCUAAUUUUUAUCGUACAGUUCCAUCAGAUGAUAUAAUGGCAUUAGCCCUGCUUAAUUUAUUCAACCGAUAUAAUUGGAAAUCAUGCUUAAUUAUUUAUCAAGAUGAUGCAUUUGGAUCUGGCGGAGCGAAAGUUAUUAAUGAUUUAUUUAAUGCAAGCAAUAUAAAAGUAGUACAAAUGAUUGUUUAUGAUAUUGCCAAAAAAAGUAUUCGUGGUGAUUUGAAGACUUAUCUAAUGAAUAGUCCAUCAAGAAUUGUGAUUUUAUGGGCUGACUCAAUCUACACAUCAUCAAUAGUGCAAAAUGCUCUCGACUCUAAUGUUGUUGGUCCACUUUUUACAUGGAUAAUUACUUCAGAGAUUUUAUUAAAUUCUUUCAAUGAAAGUUAUUAUGAUGAUUUAGUUGGAAUGCUUUUAAUCGAACCAGUUGUUGCAUCAGUUGUUGGUGCACCAUAUAAUUCUGAAUUAUUAAAUGCAGCAUAUAAUAUAUGGCAAACAUAUGAAAAUGAAACAUUUCCUGGAUCAACAAAUGUUAAUUACUAUGCAUUAUUUUCAUUUGAUGCAACAUGGGCACUUAUUAAAUCCUUAGAAGAAUUAUGUUCAUCAAAAAUAAACCAUUCUUCUUCAUCAUGUUUAUCAUUUAAUAAAUCUUCAUUCUGUUUUAAUUUUCGCUUCAAUCAGUAUGAAUCAUUAUUAUCAAUACUUGUUAGAACAAACUUUCUUGGUGUAUCAGGUUUUGUGGGAUUUAGCAAUAAUACUACAAAUCGAAUAAAUGGUUCAUAUUAUAUUUUAAAAAACGUUCAAGCAUCUGAAAAUAGUUUGACGUUUGCAUCUGUAUUAGAAUACAUUGGCUCUGGGUAUUGGAGAGUAAGUAUAACAAAAAAUCCUAUUUUAUGGCCAGGAAAUUCGCUAAUGCCAUCUGUUGAUCGAGCAGUUCUUCGAGGUGUAAGUUUAAGAAUAGGAAUAGCUGAUUCACCUCCAUUUACAAUGGUUCAGAAUGUAACAGAUGAUAACGGACAAACUACAUUACAAUAUACUGGUUAUGCGAUUGAUCUUUAUCAGCUUGUAAAAAAUCAACUUGGUUUCAAUGCAACUCUUCUAUUAAAGCCACCAGAUCAAUCAUAUACUGAUUUUGUACUAUCAGUAAGUGAGAGUGUUUAUGACAUUAUCAUUGCUGAUGUUACUGUUACUUCAGCAAGAAGCAAAAUAGUUGACUUUUCUAGUCCUAUAUAUGAUAAUUCUCUACGUUUUGUCGUAAGACAAGCAAACAAUGCUGGUAUCGAUUUAUUUUCAUUCUUAAAACCAUUUUCAUCUAGAUUAUGGAUAUUAGUUCUAGGAACUUGUAUUUAUGCAAGUAUUUUAAUGCUUCUUAUAGAAAGAAGAAAGAAUGAAGAUUUACAAAAUCGAUCAUUUAUAUCUCAAUUAACAUUGAGCAUAUGGUAUUGUUUUGGUCAUAUAGUUGGAUACGGUUCAGAAUUUAAUGCACGUACAGCUGGCGGACGUCUUUUAACUGCUGGUCUCUAUAUAUUAUGUUUAAUAUUAGUAGCAUCAUAUACUGCUAAUUUAGCAUCAGAUCUAACUAUAGCGAAAUCACAAUUUGUUAUAUCAGGAAUAGAUGAUAUUAAAAAUGGAAAAGUACCGAUAAAUCGUGUUGGUGUUUACGUCGGUACAGCUAUGGAAGACUAUAUUAAAACUGUAAUACCUGCAGGACGUCAAAAUUUUUAUCCAUUACACUCUACCAAAGCAUUAUACGAUAGUCUGCUGGCUGGCAUUAUUGACGUUUUCGUGUCAGAUGAAGCAUCGGCGGAAUAUGCCCUCAAUAAUAUUUAUUGUAAUUUAACUAUAGUUGGCGAUCCUGUUGCUGAAAGUUCUUAUGCCAUUGUUACUCCUAAAGAAUGGUUAUAUGCAUCAGAUUUAGACGUUAGUAUAUUAGCACUUAGAGAAGCAGGCCGAAUUGAUAGUUUGAAACAAAAAUGGUUGAAAACAGGAACUUGUCCUGAUUCAACGCCAACAUCAACAUCUUUUGACAUCGAAGCAAUUAGUGGAUUGUUUGUUACUUUUGCAGUUAUUACUGCUCUAUCAUUAUUAUUAUUUUUAUGGACUGAAAGACGUGAUAUUAAAGAAUAUUUAUCGCAAUUUAUAUGUAAAAAAGAUUCAUUACCCGAAGCAAAAUACUCUACAACAAGAAGUUCAAAUAAAAAUUAUGAACAUGAACAAAAUGAUGAAAGAAAUUUGGAAGUUGUUCUGUAG